AUGAGACACAUUCUCGAUGGGCACAGCAGAAUUGCGUAUGCACUCGUCCGCCCGCCUGGCCACCAUGCCCAGCCAAGCCAGGCUGAUGGGUAUUGCUUCCUUAACAAUGCAGGUCUUGCUGUCCAAUCGGCCCUCAGUUCAGGCCUUGUUCGUAAGGCUGUUAUAAUCGAUAUCGAUGUGCAUUAUGGGAAUGGGACAGCCGAGGGCUUCUACAAGUCAGAUAAGGUCCUCACGGUUUCGAUUCAUAUGAAUCAUGGGUCGUGGGGCUCUUCUCACCCGCAGACCGGGAUGAUGAGCGAACUCGGGGAAGGGGAAGGGUUCGGGUAUAAUCUGAAUGUGCCUUUGCCCAAUGGGACUGGGGACAAAGGGUAUGUAUAUGCCAUGAACGAACUGGUUGUACCGGCUGUUGAUAAAUUUGGACCCGAUAUGAUGGUUUUUGUCAUUGGGCAAGAUUCUAGUGCGUUUGAUCCGAAUGGUAGACAAUGCCUGACGAUGGAAGGCUACAGAAAAAUCGGGCUGAUAAUACGUGAACUGGCAGACAAACAUUGUGGCGGGCGAGUCCUAAUUGUCCAAGAAGGCGGAUAUCACAUGACAUAUUCAGCUUACUGUCUGCAUGCAACUCUCGAAGAGUUGCAAGCUCCCGGAACAAAAUUAAAAUUACAACAAAAAAGAAGAAUCAACUAA